AUGAGUUUUGGUUUGCGGAACGCCACUAGUACAUUCCAACGUUUUAUAGAUGAAGUUAUUCGUGGACUUGAUUUUGUUUUUGCGUAUGUCGAUGAUAUUCUCAUCGCAAGUGAUACGCAUGAAAAUCAUCUCCAGCACUUGUCUCAGCUUUUUCAGCGUCUUCGCGACUAUGGUGUUCGCUUUAAUCCAGACAAGUGCGUUUUUGGGCAAUCAUCUCUUGAUUUUCUCGGUCAUUAUAUUGAUUCGAGUGAAAUCAAACCACUCUCGUCUAAAGUCGAUGCAAUUCAGCGCAUCGCACCACCUUCUUCUUUGCGUAAUUUCUAUCGACGCUUCAUAUACCGGUGUGCGGACAAGUUGUUUCCUUUAAAGAAGAUGCUAAAGGGCAAUUCUAAAAAGGAUGCCCGUCGUACUCUUUCAGCUGAAGCACUGCCUGCCUUUGAGUUAGUUAAAAAGGAACUAGCUUCAGUUCCUGUUUUAGCACAUCCGGCUCCUGAUGCUCCACUUACUUUAUCUGUGGACGCAUCAGAUUCUGCAGUUGGCGCUGUCUUGCAGCACACCGUAGAUGGUGAAACUAAACCUUUGGCUUUCUUUUCUCCUAGACCGUUAGUACCUGAGAAACAUCAACGUUCUGUUUUUGAUGCUCUUCAUUCAUUGUCACAUCCGGGUAUCUCUGCCACAGUAAAGCUUGUUACUGCUCGGUUCUUCUGGCCCAAUAUGCGACAAUCGAUUACCUCUUGGGCACGCUCUUGUUUGAGAUGCCGGAGUGCUAAAGUCCAUAGACACGUUCGUGCUCCACUUGGACAGUUUUCUUCUCCUGAGGCCCGUUUUCGUCAUGUCCACCUUGAUUUGGUUGGACCAUGGCCUGUGAGUCGCGGGUUCUCAUAUAUUUUAACUUGUAUCGAUCGUUUCUCACGUUGGCCGGAAGCUAUUCCUAUAGAAGACAUUUCUGCUGAAACUGUUGCGAAAGCUUUCGUGUCUAAUUGGAUUUCUAGGUAUGGUGUACCGUCCAGUUUAACCACAGAUCGUGGUCGACAAUUCGAAGCGGUUUUAUUUCGUGAGUUAUCACGAAUCCUGGGGAUGCAUCAUAUACGCACCACUAGUUACCAUCCUGCUUCUAAUGGGAUGGUGGAGCGUUUCCACAGGCAACUUAAGGCCGCGUUGCGUGCCUCGCCGAAUCCACAGUCGUGGACUGAAUGUCUUCCUAUCGUCCUGCUUGGAUGUCGGACUGCGAUUAAAGCAGACCUUGGUUUUUCUUCUGCCGAGCUCUUGUAUGGUACCAACUUGACAUUAACGGUCGUUCGGAGACCGUAUCCGUAG